AAUCGUGAGGUUGGUGUGCGGCCGGCAGGGCCCAGAGAGCUGGUGAUGAUGCAGUGGCUUCUCAAGUGCAGGGGGCUGGUCCUGGCUUUUGCCCUCAUCCUGGUUUUGGGAUCCUCUGUUCAAGGUUACCCUAUGCGAAGAGCCAGGUACCAGUGGGUACGCUGCAAUCCCAACAGUAAUUCCGCAAACUGCAUUGAUGAAAAGGGACCGAUGUUUGACCUUGUUCCAGAUGAAUCCAAUAGGAUUCUCCCUCCAAGGACUGACCCUUUUUCAAUGACAAGAUUGCAGAACUGGAAUGAUAUCUUCCCUCUUUCUGAAGAUGACUCUGGGUCAGGCUCUGGCUCUGGCUCAGGAUCUGGAUCUGGAAGUGGCUUCCUGACUGAAAUGGAGCAGGAAUACCAGCCAGUAGAUGAAAGUGAUGCUUUCUACUACAACUCUAGGUCUCUUGACAGGAAUCUGCCUUCAGACAACCAGGACUUGGGUGAAGAUGGACCAGAAGAAGAUUUUAUUAUGUAAAAGAAAAGUUUCUGCACCCUGACGUCAGGCAAUGUAUUCAGUAUGUUUUGUGUACCGUGGUUAAAUGAUUCCUCUUGGGACAAAGAGUUUUAUAGAAAUUUUAAAGCAUCUGAAAAAGAAGCUUCAAUUUCAUCAUUUUUUCCUUAUGAAUUCUUUAAAAAUUAUGCUUUAAUGCUGUUACCUAUCCUAUUAUUCUGGAAAAUACCUGCAUUUUUGGGUAUAAUUUUCAACCAACAUCACUGUGAAAUUAAUUAGAUUCCCAUUCUACAAAAUUUCUUUAAAUAAUAAAUUAUACUUUUUAAAUAAAUUCAGGUGGAGAAGCAAAUUGACAGGCAAUAUGUCAUACCUAUGUCUUCAGAAACCUAACUCAGAUUGUUAAUUAUAGAUAUACCCCCUUUCUUAUGAAAAAUAAGUCAAAAAACAAGGUGAAACACAGUGAAUUUAUACAAUGGGUAUUUGACAUGCGUUACGAUGUGAAGUACUCUAUACUAUUACCAUUAAAUGUGUUUGCCGAGCUGGUGGACAUGAUCUAGAAAUAUGAUAGCUGUUAAAAUUAGAAACUUAAGACCUAAAUUAAAGCACGAUUGUGUUCUCAAUACCUCUAAA